AUGCAGGGUACACGUAUUUGGUUGCCCAACAUCGAAGGAUUUUUUACGUCUUUGGGUAGGCUACUGGAAAGUGCAGAAGGGCAAAGGAACACUGCGUCGUACGACUCUGCUGAAUUUUUUAGUCGCCGUUUGCGAGAAAACGAAAGAACUCUUGUCACUUUGGCUCUAAGAAUAGAAGAAGCCUUCCCAAAUGAAGUUGAGGUGAUCUCUGAUCUAAACGAACUUGUUUUUAUUAUGAACGAACUUUCAAGGGACUUUGACAGAAUUGUCGAGGACUCGGAACGUUCUACGUUUAGUACACCAGCGUCCCUAGACGACCGUCUUUCAGCUGUGGCGAGGAACGGUUUAGUUGGCAGACCAAGGCUACAGAUCUUACAGGAACAGCUGCAAACUCUGCACGAUGACGCCAGUUUUCGUUGGGCUGAUAUCGGAAGAAUUCUUGGAAUCUCCGAGAGAACUUUGCGCCGUCGAAGACAUGAAUUUGGGUUGCCAGUUGGUGUGGGGGAGGAUUUCAGUGAUGUUUCCAACGAUGACCUUGACGAGCACGUAAGGGAAAUUCUUGAAGUGACACCAAGCGCUGGUCAACGCCUGGUUGAAGGGGGCUUGAGGCAGAGAGGCUUACGAAUCCAGCGCCAUCGUAUUCAGGAGUCUAUUCGAAGAGUGGAUCCGGUUGUUAGCACUUUAAGAGCAGCACAGCAGAUAAUUCGUAGAGUGUACAGUGUGCCAUGCCCCAAUUCGUUAUGGUAAAGUAAAAGAAUACAUUACCUCUUUUAUAACGAGUCUCUGUUUCACGGGGUCUCCUUGUUUAACAGGCCCCCUUUAACAAUAUACCCACCCCUCUUUUCAAAACAGUCAGGCACUUUAUUAUUUCUCUAAGGGCAACACCCGCCGGAGAGGAGGACUCCCAUUUAAAAAAGGAGGGGGGUUCUCUUCAUACUUUUUAGGGUUUAAAAAUGCGGGUUUGGUACCUCUCAGGGUGUUCAGCCUCAAACGGUCCAUUGGGAGAGCUUUUGCAGUAUCUUUUAGGGUAUUGAGCCGAAAAAAAAAUGACAGUUAGGAGAUAAUGUGUUGUUUCAGAAUUGUUACCUCUUAGGGGUGAAAAACAUUUCAAGCUACGCACACAAAUCAGGAUCCUGGUACCUCUAAGGGGUUCUUUUAAAAAUUUCCGACGAGCACUCCUGUUCUUUUUAUAUGAGAGUCCUCCCUCCUCUCUCUCAGCAGCAACACUGGUGUUAAAUCCGUGAUACAAGAGAGGCGAGGCUGUAAUUUUGAUGCAUGAACAUUAAUGUCAAUUCAAAUUCUGAUAUAUCUCAUGCUUUGAAAUACCUCCCCCAAUUCUAUUUGGACUCCUCACUAGUCACCCUAACCCAGCUUCCCAGCCCCCAUCUUCCCCCGAUAUUAUGCUGAAAAUUCCUGACUAUCAUACCUGUUAUUCAUGGUCAACAAAUGCCUCUUGUUGUUGUCAUGAUUAUUACUAUUUUAUUUGUUGUUGUUGUUGUUGUUGUUAUUAUUAUUAUUAUUAUUAUUAUUAUUUAUCAUUACCAAUAUUACUCAUGUAGGCAGAUUUUUAAACUUUUUUUACCUAUUUUAACCAAACCUACAUGUGAUAGUGCAGUGUAACAAUCUCUGUUGUGUCCAACAGGCACAUUGAUGGCAAUCACAAACUAAUCCAGCCAUACCGAAUUGUCAUUCAUGGUGGUUUAGAUGGUUUUUCAAGAAUGAUAGUAUUCCUACAUGCAUCAACCAAUAACAGGGCUUCAACUGUACUGCAGUAUUUCCAGUCAGCUGUUGAGCACUACAAUUUACCAUCAAGAGUUCGCAGUGAUCUUGGGAUGGAAAACAUAGAAGUUGCUCGCUUCAUGCUGCAAGAAAGAGGUUUAAAUAGAGGCAGCCACAUCACUGGAAAAUCCGUUCAUAACCAAAGAAUAGAGCGACUCUGGUGUGAUGUCAACAGGGUUAUUGUGAGCCGCUUUUUGAACAUUUUCCUCUUCCUUGAGCAGAGUGGAAUUUUAGAUCCAACAGACGAGGUGCAUCUGUUUUGUCUUCAUCUUGUCUACAUUCCACUGAUUAAUAAUGCAAUCAACCAAUUUAUCGGUCAGUGGAAUAAUCAUCCUGUAAGCACACAAUGCAAUUUCUCUCCCAAUCAGCUCUGGAUACAAGGAAUGUUAAAUUCCAGAAAUUCUGGAUAUCAGGUUGUUACAGAUGUGACUGCCAGAGAGGCUGUUAAUUUUGACCAUUAUGGGAUCGAUGAAGAAGGGCCUGUACCUGAUGUGCAGAGUGACUAUGCAGUUUCGGUACCUGACACAAUUACUACUCUGACACAUAACCAGGAAUUGUCACUGCAAGAAGCUAGAGAUGCAGUCUUCCAAACUGGUGAUCAUGAUGGAAUCAUAGCCUACCAAGUGGUAUUGCAGAUUGCUUCUUUUUAUUUAAACUGCUGUUCAUGA